AUGGAACAACGCCUUGUCCAACGUGCAAUCGCUUCUCCCAAUGCAAUUGCAGUGAUCGAUGGCAAUACCACCAUCAGUUACCAAGAGCUACUUGCACGAGCUGAUAUACUGGUUGAGAAACUGCAUGAAAGGUCAAUCGAGCUUGGGGAGCCUGUUUGUAUCUUGCUUGGGUCUAGUUAUCAACAGAUCCUAUCACAAGUUGCUGUCCUCCGAGCUGGAGGGACAUGUGCUCCCAUCGAUCCCUCCAUGCCUUCUCUCCGCCUGAUGAACAUGCUGCGAGAUAUCAAUUCUCGCUUGGUCAUCACCAGCGAGGCCCUGAUGGAUCGAGUGUCAGACUUCGAAGUCAUUCGAGUGGAAGAAGCAAGCGCGCCAAAUAUCACUAUAAGGAAAACAGGCCCUCCUCGUGUACGUGCGGGACGUUUGAAAACCCAUCGCAGCCAUAUAUUCUUCACCUCCGGCUCCACGGGCCAGCCAAAACCCGUUCCGGUCCUAGCCUGCAGUAUUCUCCACGUUAUGGACUUCAAGCCAGCUACAUUCAACUCAUCUGACCGCAUGGCUAUGUUCGUCAAUCCAGGAUUCGAUUUCGCCAUCUUGGAGGUUUGGUCGUCGCUACUUGCUGGGGCGGCAGUCAUUCAAAUCCCAAAACUGAUCGUCACAGAUCCGUUUGCUCUCACUGAUUUUCUAGACAACCAAAAGGUUACAUUGAUGAUUAUACCAACGGCCCUUUUCAAUGUUAUUGCCCUGAAUGCACCCAUCGCAUUUCGUGGUCUGCGUCACCUCUUUGUGGGAGGCGAGCCUGUGAAUAAAAAUGCAAUGAGAAAAGUUCUCAUAAACGGCCCACCAGCAAACAUGUGGAAUGCAUACGGCCCCACGGAGGCAACCAUAUUUGUAACAGUAUGUCGUGUCGAUCUAGAGGAGACACAUCGUCCUCGCAUCAGCAUCGGGCGAGUUUUCGGAGACUCCAAAAUUUAUCUGCUAGACGAACACCUCAGGCUUGUUACUGGUACACAUCAAACCGGGGAGAUUUGUGUUGCCGGACCUCAGGUAUCACCGGGAUAUCUGAACAGAUCUAUUGAGAGUACGAGGCAAUUUAUACACGUCGAUUCUACCACACUAGGGGAGAAGGCCGGGGCAUCCAUCCGUCUGUACCGUACUGGGGACUUGGCCCAAUGGGAAGACUCAUCCGGUCGGCUGGAGUAUAUUGGUCGAGCAGACAGACAGGUGAAAUGUUCCGGGUAUCGAGUGGAGUUGGGUGAUAUCGAGCGUACGCUAGAGAGGCACCCCCAAGUGGGAUCGUGUGUUGUCAUCCAACACAAGCAGGAGGACUCAGAGGCUUUGUUGGCCUUCAUAGUUCCCGCCGAAUGCCAAACUCAAGUCCAGGUGUCCGCAAUUAUCAAUUGGGCAAAAGAAAGGUUGCCUUAUUAUAUGGUCCCUAGUUCGAUUCAAAGUCUCAGGGAAUUUCCUCUUUCAUCUACCGGAAAGAUUGAUAGAAAUGCUCUGGUUCCUGAUUCACACAAGGCAACAAAGCAGGAGAAAUCUGAGGACCAGCAGCCUUCACGAGUGGAAGGCGAAAUUGACUGGCUCCAAUCGCAUCUCCAAGGUUUGCUGAAUGUAUCACACCUUGACCCCAAGAAGAAUAUAUUCUCUCUGGGUGUCAGCUCGCUACAGGCUGCCCAGCUAGUAGGGAAGAUCAGGCAGCACAGCGGGAAACCAGUGACGCUGGCACAAGUACAUGCCUACCCUACCGUGGAAAGUCUUACAACUCUCCUGCAAAGCCCUGACAACGACAGCGCUGAUGUUGCCCAGACAACACGAUGGGCACAAGAUUCCCGUCUAGUGGAUGAUUUAGUUUCUCCUCCAGAUUGGCAAUCUGCUGACGAAGGACGAGUUUUCAUCACAGGAGCUACUGGAUUCCUAGGCGCAUACUUACUCCAUCGACUUCUGUCCUUGCCUAGUGUUAAGAAAGUUGCCUGCCUAGCCCGAAGCCAAGGGAAUUUUACGGCAAAUGACCGCAUUCAGAAAGCAUUGGAAAAAUAUGACCUUUGGGAUGGCAGGCUGGAGAUAACUCAAAAGAUUAUCGCUCUUGACGGAGACCUCACAGAUGCCACUCUAGGUCUAGGGGAUGACAAAUUCUCCUGGCUCAGCAACUGGGCCAGCGUAAUCUUUCACAAUGGUGCGCGAGUGAACUGGUGCGAGCCGUACGAGGCUCUUUAUGAGCCAAAUGUGGUUGGCACACGAAAUGUUAUCCGACUCACCACAUUGGGCCGACGCAAGGCAAUACAUUAUAUUUCCUCAGUUGGCACGUGGAAUGUAACUGGCCUUGUGAACAAAACGAAGAGAGUCUUCGAAGAUGGCCCGCUCACACCACAUCUGGAAUCACUUCGUUACGACAUGGGAUACUCGCAGACCAAGUGGGUGGCGGAUGAAAUGGUUCAGAGGGCGCGGGACCGUGGCUUACCCGCGAUCAUCUAUCGACCAGGGUUCGUGAUUGGGGAUAGUUCACGAGGCUAUGGAAAUGCAGAUGAUUUCUUUGCACGGCUGAUCAUGGGGUCGAUUCAGAGCGGCCAAUUUCCUCAUCUUCCUCACCAGCGUUUAGAAUAUGUGACGGUGGACUUUGUCUGCUCGGCCAUUUUACAUAUUGCAUCAAAGGCUGAGUGUCUCGGUCGGUCAUACCAUCUCGUCCCCCCGGACGUGGUACAGUCAGUGACUAUAGAAGAGACAUGCAGCUUGCUUAAUCAAGCUGGAUAUCCAGUCAAGCAAGUCCCAUACCAGGAAUGGCUAGAAGCAAUUCAGAAUUAUCCGGGGAGUCCAUUGGAGCCGUUGCUACCAAUGCUGCAGGAACCAGUUCUGGGGGACUUGACUCGAUUGCAGACAAGCAUACAUCCACCAGUCUAUGAUACCCAAAAUUUUGUCCAAGCGUUGGAAGAUCGGCCGGACAUCAAAUAUGUUCCUUUGGAUCCUGAGUUACUGCAACGAUGUAUCGACUUUUGGGUGAGCAGGGGUCACCAUUCUCUCUGCAGGAAUGGAAAAUUGUAA